UGCAGUGUAUCGGAUAUACUGUUUCUAAGAGUAUAGUUUCGUCUUGAAACAAUAAAGAAGAAUUCAAUUUUUGUAGCAUGCUACUUGUCAUCAAACACGAAGACUAGGGCUGAGGCAUCAAACAGCGUCGUCGGUGAUCUACAAAAUCGACAAAUUCAAUCAUCAAUACUGCCAAAAGAAUACAUGACGAUUACGCCAGGGGUACAUCAUUCUCUCAUGAUGCUACGCGUGCAAUUGUCAGUCCUGUUGCUGAUGAUGAUAUGGAAAGCUGCAUAUGUAUCUUGUUUUGCGAUUUCUUCUCAGAGAAAAGAUCAUUUUCGACAGCCGUUGUCUGUGCAGACCAGAGGAUACGAUAAUGCAAGAUUCCAAACAUCCAACUUAUUGUCUAUGCAAUCAUAUCAUAGCACCGAGCAAAAGCCACAUUCUAUGCUAUACAACAACAAAAAUGGAGAGAGUGCCACCGUUGAAACUACAGGAGAUGCGACAAAUUUCAACCUAAAACAGCUCACAACGGAUGCCGACUCCUUGCUCGCAGAACGAUCUUCUUCCACCAAGAAAGCAUUCAGAGAAAUGAAAAAUGAAAAAGCGGAAGGUAAAACUCCCAUAGAUCGAAGAAUCUUUAUGGGGUCUUCCCUUGUAGGUACUUCUGCCCUUUUGGCUUCAACUCUUGGUGCCGGAAAUGUUGCAAAUGCAAUGCAGCUGCCAUUCGGAGCUGGAUCCGAAACAUCGUCAUCGUCGUUGUCAAACAACAGCAUCAAUGGUGGAUAUUUUGGUAAACUAGCUUGGGAAUCAACUCCGGUCAACAAACGUACCGGAAUCACAGUUUUUGACGCAGAAAAGGCCGGAUACAAUGUUCGGUUCGUAACGUAUUUGUCUCGUUUUCUCCUCGUUUUUGAUCGUGACUGUCAGCGGUGGUGGUAUAAUAAGGCAGCUGAGAUUCCAAUUUUGUCAACGGCGGAAGAAGUUGAGGCCAUCAGAUUGAAACAAUUUGGUGCCUUUGCAGCCUCGGUCGAAGUAGGACUUCAGGAUUACCAGAGUGUGGGCGAGAAGGAUACUGCAGUCGAUGGACCGGAACGAUUGAUGACAUCUCUUCUCGCACGAUAUUGCCCCACUAUCGAGGAAAUCCAGAGUGAACGAGAACGAAAAGGUCUACCGCCUUCCACAGAGCAAGAAGAAGCCAAGGAUCGUCGGGAAAUUAAAGAGGCCAAGAGACAAAUAGCUCUCCUAUUCGGUCUUUUAGAGUCAACGCAACCUGUUGAGGCGCUUAUCAAACUUCUUUCUUCAAUUGAUAACGGAUCCGUUGCGUCAGUGACAAUUCAAGACGGUGGCGGUGGAUAUGCUCCGGGUUAUGGACCUCCACGAGUUGAAUUUCCACGUCCCAAGGCGGGGGACGACUAUCAAACUGCAACAGGGCGUGCAGUAAUCCAGCCAAAUGGACAAAUAUUGAGGGUUGACUUAGAAAAUCGUGGUUUUGGCUAUAGUAGUCCUCCUACUGUUUAUAUAUCAGCGCCUGGGGAAGAUCGCGGUAUUGUCAUUCCAGGGACAGUUGCAGCCACCGCUAAGGCUUCUAUUUUCAAAAGAGGUGUCAACAAGGGACGCAUGGAUAAAAUUCUUAUCGUGAAUCCGGGAAAAGGAUACAUGGAAGGAGAAAAGAUUCGUGUCGUUAUAUCACCACCAGAGCUAGAUGCGAAAUUGGGUGGCGUGAAAGCGACCGCAACAGCCAUAUUGGAAUAUUCUGUAACUGGCAUAGAAAUUACAUCCGCAGGGAAUGGGUACGUCGUCGAAAAACAAAUUCCUAUUUAUGUAGAGCCUCCACCAUUGACGGCACGAGUCAACAUGAACGAUCCACUCAUGGCACGACUCAUCGACCCUGGCAAGCCCAUACCAGCAACGACAAUCGCAACUCCUAAACAAAGAGAAAAAAUAGCGCUUAACACCAACUCAAGUGACCCCAACACAUUUAUUUAUCGGGUUAAGCAACAAGCUUUCAAUGAUGGGAAUGGCGGUGGAGGUGGCUGUAUCGGCCGCGCAUGUUAUGGUAAGUGACAAUCAAGGUAGAGGAUAUUGUAACUUUUUUUAACUUACUUACAAGGAUGUUACUCUUUUAUUGUAGACACCCCUGUCAUUGCGUUCGCGACUGCUAAGGCUGAGAGUAGCAGCUUCACCACAUUCCGCAACGAAAAUGACGCCCGGAAAAUCAUUGAGGACGAAGAAGCGUUGAUGAAAGACCGUGCAAUCAGUGCUGCUAGCGGAGGGCAAGACAGUCAGCUUCCAAUCUUUUGGAAUGGUGGACCGUCUUCUUCGUCUGGUCAGUUGUUGACGCUUCUACCACCAGGUUUGGGUCUUGAGUUCGAUCCUGAGCUCAAACGAUUUGUCUUAUCGACGUCGUCAGAAUACUUCGAUAUCAACCAAGGGUCCCCACUUUUUGGUGGAUCUACUCGACCGCUGGAUCCAGAAUUUGGACCUCGAGGAAGAUCUCCAAUUGAUCGGGAAGUGCAACUGGACUUUCCGAGUUACUUGCGUUUUUGUCUUUCGGGAGCAAUAUGCGCGUCUGGUGUUCAUUUGAUGGUUACACCGCUGGAUGUCAUCAAGACAAAAAUCCAAACCGAUCCCGAAAAUUAUCCAGGACCAAUCGCUUCAUUCCGAAAAAUCAUUGAUGAGAAAGGAGCAACAGGCUUUUUCAAUGGCUGGAUACCAACUUUUGUAGGAUUUUUCUUCUGGGGUGGAUUUUCGUAUUCGCUGACGGAAUUUAUCAGGCGGUCUCUACUCAUUUCUUCUGGUCCGCAAGCUGCAAAUCUAGAAAUUCAAAUUGUAUUGGUGUCUGCAUCUGUUGCCUCUUUUUUCGGGACUUUCAUUUUGGUACCGUUCGAAUCAGUUCGGAUCCGAUCUGUAGCGCAACCAGAUUUCGGGAAGAACAUUUUCGACGUGACUUCAAGAAUGGUAAAGGAAGAGGGCGCCUGGUCUCUGUUCAGUGCUGCCCCUCCCUUAUUGCUGAAGGAGGUUCCUUUCGCUAUGGCAAAAUUUUCUAUCUUUACCGCUGUCACACAAUACCUUUACCAAGAAUUUCCCGUUGCACAGGAAGACAUCCAGUUGUCACUUCUAGUCAGUUUGGUUGGCGGUAUAUUUGGGGGAGCGAUGGCUGCAAUUAUUAGUAACCCUGCUGAUGCUACAAUUAGCGAGAUGAAAAAGUCUGUCUCGGACAUGAGUCCCCUGGAUGCUGCAAAAACAGUCAUCGAACGCGGCGGUUAUGCUAAUCUUAUGAGAGGGUUACCGAUCCGGAUGUGUUUCUAUCCUCUUGUAGUCAGCUUUCAAUUUUUAAUUUACGAUGCCAUUCGCAUCUAUCUCGGAGUAGGUGCUGAUGAUCUGAAAGUUUAUCUCGACGUUCUAGGCGGUGCUUUGCAAGGAGAAGGAGCUCCUGCAUAAUUUAUAAUCUGUUAUCGGAUCGGGCUCUUUCGACGUUGAAAAAUGAAAAUAGGAAUAAAAGCCAAGAAAAAAG